AUGACUAGAAGUGACCACCGUUUCUCUCUCCCUGCUUCUCAGAGACUCACAGCCAAGAUGAGACUGUACCUUGCAGUUGCCGUGCUGAUGCUGGCUUUUGUCGCAUACACAGGUUCGUCUUCACUAUAUAUUUUUUCUUUUCUCUUUUUGUUUUCUUUUGUAGUCUUUUAACAUUCUGUCUGUAUUUGCAGAGGCUCAAGACGACACCAUCGAGGAGAAGUUCUCCAAGUUUGGCGACCAGGUGGCUGAUUUGGGCAGGAACAUUGCUGAGAAGGCCAAAACCACCUGGAGUGAAAUCCAAAACAGCGAGUUUGCAACCAACUCAAGGUAAGCCUCAACUUAACUUAAGUUUCUUCAGUUACCUCUAUCAACCACGAAUAUAUGUAACACCCCUUUUUUGUGCUCUUCUUAUCAGGAAUUGGUUCGAAGGUGUGUUUCAGAAGGCCAAGGAAACAUUUGACGGAACCAGUCAGUAG